GCCGCAUGGCCGCCGUUGAGGGACUCGACCGGUGACCGAACUGGGUUCGAGUUCGCGGUCCGAAGGCGUGAGGACCGAGCCUGAAUGUGCGCGUCAGUCGGCCGAGGCCCGAGGCUCCCCUCCCCUCCCUUUGGCGGCUGUUACCGUGAACAAAGCCGCUGGCUGAACCGAGGCACCUGUUUUCUGUCCGCACCCGGCCGCUUACCGACAUGGAGUAGGCGGCUGGAGUAAUCUCCUUCCCCCCUCCUACACUUCUCCCUCACUCACUUACCCAUCCACUCUUUCCCCGGAACCAACAGGGCCAGUGGCCCAACACCCCAUUGUUCGCAACGGUGGGUCCCUGGAAGGUACCGACACUCGGCCAGAAAGACGCUGCAUGGACGGCUGUAUCGCUUAAAAUAAGAGAAACAAUUGCCUUUCACCCUUUUCCCUUCAUCUCUAAAACAAAAUGGAUAACAAAUCGUUUGCUAUAGUCCUGGAUGAAAUAAGGAAGGGUGUUUUGACUGAUCAGAAAAUAAAAGCAAUUGAGUAUGUACAUGGAUAUUUUUCAAGUGAGCAGGUAGUUGAACUACUGAAAUAUUUUUCUUGGGCAGAGCCACAACUAAAAGCUCUUAAAGCUUUACAACAUAAAAUGGUAGCCAUCCAUGUAUCUAAAGUAAUAAAUAUCCUCCAUUGUCUCACUUUCACUAAAGACAAACUUGUUGCCUUAGAGCUCAUAGCUUUGAAUAUCAUUGAUCCCCAUAAUUAUCGACCUAUUGAAGAUAUUUUCCGGGUGCACUUGCCAGAAAAGAAACGCUGCAAAAAAAUUCUUGAUCAGGCUUCUAAAGCUGGCUGUAAGGCUCCUCUUGCCAUGAGAUCUUCAUGUGGAAUGAUUCCAGGAAAUCCUUACCCUAAAGGAAAACCUAGUAUGUUAAAUGGUUUGCUAGCAGCUCUUGCUGUUAAGAAAGAAAACGAAGAAGGUUAUACUACUAGUCGAGGAAUAGCAACCUGUAUUCUAGGACCUUCUAAACCUGCUCCAGCAACAUAUAAUCCUCACAAGCCUGUUCCUUACCCUAUACCUCCUUGCCAACCACAUGCAACUGUUGCACCAAGUGCAUAUAACACUGCUGGCCUUGUUCCAAUGGGUGGUUUCAUGACUCCUGUUGUAGCAGCACCAGCUGCGUAUGCUGCCCAGCAAGCUUUUUCUAGGUCAGCGGGUCAACUGAGUUACAACUCAACUGCUGCCAACUUGCAUACAGCUGCAUUUUCCCCACAUGGAUCUUACCCAUCCGCUCCUGCAACACCAAUUGCAGCACCAGCACUUGUGCAGUCUCCUGCAAAUCAGCUAGGUUUUGCUUCAGCGCCAGGCACACCAGUCUUUUCAAGGCUUGGCACAUCUACCCCAGUACCUCCUGUUUUUGCAGCUGCUCCUCCACCAACCAGCACUUCUGUUCCAUCUUCUUAUCCCGAGUGUCAGAAUCCGACAACUGUGAUGUCAGCAGUCCCACAGACAUCCCAGGCUCUCAAUGAAAUAACAGCGGCAAAUGCAGACACACCCAUUCAUAGCUCAGCUGCUGCAGGGUUAACGUCAAGUUAUAGCAACACAAACUGCAGCUCUGGAAUGAUGCUACAAACUGGUUUAUCCUCAGGUUUUCAGGCAAGUGAUGGUUCUAGCAGCUCUCCAUGCAUGAGCAACUCCUUCCCAGGUCUCGUAUCCUUCCCAGGAAUGUCUGUGUUUUUUCAGAACCAGACUUUAUCUGCUGCUACAUUGUCUGCCCUCCAAGCUGGAAUGAGUGUUGCAAAUCUGCCUGGACUUCAGUCUAUUGCAGCUGCAGCAACCUUGGCAGGAAUGCAUUCUUCUGGGACGGGUACAUCUCUCUCUGCACUCCAAAAUAAUAUGAUGGCAGCAACAGUGCCUGGCCACCAGUCUGUUACUCCGGUUGCUGGACUCCAGUCAAUUGCUGAUGUUGCCUCUCCUCGUGGACUCCAAACAACAGCAUCUCUAGGUGGACUACAGCCGAAUGGAAGUUCAGCAUCUCUUCCUGGAUUACAGCCUACAGUAUCUCUGGCUGGACUGAGAUCUGCUGCAGCCUCUCCAAUUGGAUUGCAAUCUAGUUCUGGGUCUCCAGCUGGACUACGAUCUACUGCAGCUUCUCCGGCUGCACUGCAAGCCGCUGCCUCUCUUGCUGGACUGCAUGCUGUUGCUGCUUCUCUAGCUGAAUUGCAGUCACCUGCUGUCUCCCAGUCUCUCCCUGCAUCCAUUUCAGAAUUCCAGACCAUUGCUGGUUCACCCUCUGGCCUCCAACCUCCGAUUUCUUCUCUCCCAGGGCUGCAUCCUGCCAGUUUUCCUAGAUUGCAGUCCUCUACAUCUUUCUCUGGACUUGAGUCUAUUGUUGCAGCUGCCUCUUUGGCUGGGUUGCAAACUACAACCAGUACUGUAUCUCUUCCCAGCCUUCAGACAGCUGUACCAGUCUCAUCUCUACCUGGGCUUGAGUCUGCCAUGGCUGCUGCUUCUUCCCUGCCUGUUCUUCAGUCUGCUUUGGGUGCUGCUACGUUACCUGGACUUCAGUCUUUGGGUGCUGGGUCCCUACCAGGAAUACAGUCUGUGGUGGGUAAUCCCGCACGUUCUGCUAUCCAAACAUCUAUAAGCGCUACCUCAUUUUCUGAUCUUCAAUCUACUGUGAGCACCACUUCUCUGCCUAGUGUACAGUCUGGAGCAAAUACCGUGUCAACAAUGGAUCUGCAGUCUACUGUAGAUACUACAGCCUUACCAGGAUUUCAGACUACCAUGGGUACCGCAUCUCUCCCUGGAUUGCAAUCUGCUGCACAGUCAGGUUUACUUCAGGCACAUUCAACUGGAUCUGUGGAGAACUUCCCAAAUCAGGGCAGUAAUGGUUUUACAUGUUAUCCUUCCACACCUACAACUCCAUAUUCCCUGCAACCUGGUCUACCUUCUCAACUAGGGUGGCAGUAAAUAGUGGACUUGUUUUGAGCAUCCUCUUGGCUUGAGAUUCGAAACUUUUGAACUUAUCCAGCUUUUUUAACUAGGCAUGCAGUAAAUUUAGCAGUGCAUGCAGCUGAAACUUGCUUUUUUUAAAAAGAAAAAAUCUGAAGGGUAAAAGAAAAAAGUAGGGGAUAAAGAUACACAAGAGUUCUACAUAUGCUGGAAAUUUUACAAAUGUGUGCAGGAGAGUUUCCACACUUCCCUUGUGGAGGAACUAAUUUAAUUCUGAAACUAUAAGCCCAAUGUAACUUUAUUUUAAACCAAAUAUCAUGGAAAUGGAUCAGAUCAUGUUUAACUUACUGUGUUUCGAGUAAAUCAAUCAAGUGUCCAGAUAUCAUUCUGGUAAAUUGAGGUUAUAGUAUCAGCAAGGCCAUUAUGUCCCUUCAGAAGUGUGAUGCUCUUGUGUGAGAAUAAUCGGAGUCUAAUAUAAUUCUAUUGUAUAAUUUUAACUCCACUGUAUUUUAAUCAUCUGAAUAUUUGUUGUUGAGGUACAGCUCAAUAUAGCGGUGUCUCAUUUACAUAUAUCCAGAGGAUUCGAGUACAAGAUCUCAUUUUAAAAGUCAAUUGUAUGAAAAGUAGAAAAUGCAUUGUACUAUAGUAGCUUCUUAAAGAUUAUAGAUUAGCUUUAUUUGUCAUAUGUACAUCAAAACAACAAUAACACGCAGGGAAAUGUGUGGUUUGCAUCAAUGAUCAAAACAGUCCGAGGAUGUGCUGGGGACAGGCCACGAGUGUCAUCGUACCUCCUGCACCAAUGUUGCGUACCCACAACUUACUAACCAUAACCCAUACACCUUUGGAAAGUGGGGGAAAACUAUAGCAUCUAGAAGGAAACCCCCAUGAACGUGGGAAGAAGGGCGUGAAUUGAUCCUGGGUUGCUGAUGCUGUAAAGCAUUAAGUUAACUGCUAUGCUACUUUGCUGCCGUUAUUUCCAAAAUCCAAGAUGCAUUUGUAAGCAAGACUUAAGAUAAACUAUUUGACAUGUUUUGUCUGCAAACAUAUCUCUGGAGCAAGUGCUACCUUUCACCAAGAUAUAGUCUCUGAUGUUCUAUUCAUAUGAUUGCCUAGUUCCACAUUCAGCUUGCAAGUAUGAUUUUAAUAACUUUUGCUUUCACCAAUAUAAAGACAUAAUUUGAAACCAUUGUAGAAAUUUAUAUAAGAUGGUAGUUAGUCUGUCCAAAACAAGAUUUUGACAAGUUUAAUUGAUGGGCAGUAUUGGCAGAAUUGUCACUUGGUCCUAAUAUCUGCAGCAUUUUUUAUUUUCAUACUAGAUAGGUUACUGGACCGGUAGCUAGAAUUUUGGAGCCACCAUGGCUGUGUGGGAAUUUUAAAUUGAAUAACUAAAUAUUGAAUUUAAUAUAUAUAUUAAAUAUAUAAUCUCAAUAAUGAAAGUGCAGGACUUUAAAUGGUCCUUAAAAUUCCACACAAUUCAUUGUCCUUGUCUGGUAUAUUCUAUAUGUGACUCCAGGCAUAUCAAUGUGCUCAACUCUUAACCACCUUCUCAGUUCAGGAGCAGUUAAGGAUUUGCAGUAAAUGCAAAGAACAAAUGAAUAAAAGCAAAAAAAUCAGAGCGAUAAUGUAUUCUGAUGUGUGGACCGUUACACCAGGAUCAAAAUUGCUACGAAUAGAAUGAUGUUCCCCUUUAAAUCCCACAUACAGAAUGAGAGGAAAAUCAUAAUGGGAAAAAAUCAAAAUCAAAUUAAUGAUUAAUAGAUUUUAUUGUUUCAUGUACGUUGAAACAUACAGUGGAAUGUGUCAUUUGCGACAAAUCAAAUCAGCAACAAUUGUGCUGAAUUGCCAAACUUCAAGCAUCAACAUAGUAAGCCCUAACUUAAACACCUUUGAAAUGUGGGGGAAAACCGGAGUGCCUGGAGGAAACCCACUCUGUUUACAGUGAGGACGUACAAACUCCUUACACACAGCGGCAGGAUUUGAAUCCAGAUCUUUCAGCUGAUGCUGUAAUAGCGUUAUGCUGACCACUGCGCUACCGAGCUGCUGCUGUAAGUUUGCUAAAGUCUCUCAUCAAUCUCAUGAUCUUUUUAAGCAAAAGCGUUGCCGUAAUCAGUACAACCUUAAAGCCAUGAAUGUUUUAGAUCGAAGAGAUGAGCUUAAUUUUUUCUUUGAAUACUGUGGAGACACUGUUCUCACCACCUGGUUUCAGGGACCACUGAGUGCUUGUUGAUUUGGAAUUGUGAUUGUUGAAAGUGAUGUCAUGCUGCUGUGUGAAAUCAACUCUAAUUAAUUGUGGUAGUCCACAAAAAAGGUUCCUAAGUGUAGACACAGUAUUUGAUUUGGUAAGGAACCAGGAGUUUUUGUUUAUCCUAGUAAGUGGUUAGACUCUGGAUCUUGCUACCAAUUAAGAUGUUGUGGCAGAAACCAUACAUUUAAGCAGAGCUAGAUAUAAAUUAGUAGAUGAAAUAUAAGCAAUAAUGUUAGAUUUUGUAAGGAAAUAGUAAACCAGAAUUACUACUAGAAAUUGGAUUAAUAUUGAUUCAUUUUAAUAUUUUUUGAAUGACUAUAAAUAUACUGUAUAUGCUAAUGAAUACCUACUGUGACUUCUUUGUAUAGUCUAUAAAAAAAAACACUUUUUAGGUGCUACUAAUAAUUCUACGGUGAGUGUUGAUUGCUAUGAUAUUUUGAGGCAGUUCUAUUAAGAAAAUAAUAAACUGCUGGCGUAUUAAUCAAAGAGUUCAUACACCUCAUCAUGUUUUUUCUGAAGGUUCAUGUUGAGAUGAACCUUGGUUCAGCUACUGAUUCUACAUUCCCUGUGUGUAUUUGUUUUAUAGAAACUAUUGUACAAAUUGAACAUUUUUAAUAUUUGUGUGCUCCAAUUAAGAGUAUUCAACUGCAAUACAUUUGAUAUUUUAGAUGCUAUAUAGUGGUGAUGUAGUAUUCUGUGUAAGCAGUUAAAAUGUAUUCUCAGAACCAGGUUAUAUUUAAUUUAACAAUCAUGGAUUUUGACAAUUGUUGGUAUAAUGGGGUAUCAACUUUAAAAAGAUUUUAAACCUAAAGCUGUAAAGCUUUUAAAAAGUUGCACCCUUAAUAUAGUUUUUAAAUUGGUGCAGUGGGUGCUCAUGCAUGAGAAUGCUAAAACAGGCACUUUCAGAAAGUUACUCUUUUAUACAUGUAUGAUUGUGUGUAUCAAGGUAAACAUAAUUGAUUUGGGUAUAUUUUACAUACUUGAAGGAUAAAAUGGACUUUACCAUGAAUAUAUUGCCUGUAUGUUACUUCUGUUUUUUUGAGUUUUUAAUGUCUUGAUAAAGUGCAAACGUUUAUCAAAACAUGAUUUUUUAAAAAUUGUACACUUACCUGCCUCAGAGUAUUCAUUUGAAUUUGUGAAGAUAUUUACACAUUAUUCUUUGGUGCAUGAAUUAUUGUCCAGUUACCUUAGCCAGAUGUGUCUCUUGCCAUUUUAUACCAAUACAAGUAGGCACUUUUGGUCUUUGAAUAUUCAGGGUAAUGGAGGGGAGUGUCUCAGUUGAUAAUGCAAAAAUAUAAAUAAUGCACUUCACAUUAAUAUGCAUCAGAUGUGUUUUAUUUCUUAAAAUAUUCAUAUUUCAUUAAUUGGCUUGUAGCAGUUGUAGGAUUGAAGGAUCAUUGAAGGAUGUAACAUCCUACUGCUCUAUGAAUUGAGCGAUGUGAUUUCCUCCCACCGUAUUAGGGUCUCUAGAGGACAUGCGUUUUAAGGUGAGUGGGGGAAGGUUUACAGAGCUAUGUGGAACAGAAAGUGGUUGAUGUCUGGACUGGGCUGCCAAGCGAGGGUUAGUGGUAGAAGGAAAUACAAUAGUGGUAUUCUUUGUGGACACAUGAAUAUGCAGAAAUGUGAGGCUGUGGAAUCAGAUCUUCCUCCAAUUCCAUUCAAUGUGAGAUAUAAGUAUUUUUAAUUAUGAUAUUUUCACCUCCACCUGUUUACUGCUCAGCCUAUGGUUGAAGUUUCUUCUGCAGCUGAGCUCUUAUUAUUGCUUAUGUCUGAUAGUUUUUCUUCAUGAGUGACUCGUGUGAUUGCAGUCCUUAUUUUGGCCAUUUCAUAAACUGCAUUCAGAACUGUCAGCUUCUAAAUAAAUUUUAAUUACUUUCCCUCACUAACAUGCUUUUCUUCGAGAAUCCAUAAUUAGCAGUAAUGAGGAUGAGGAGGGGCAGUGUUCAAUUAGAGAACCAUUUCUAGGAAGUCCUUAUUGCAAAAUGACAAACAUCUUGACCAGCAACGGUUUGAGAAUGAAAUGGCCCACCCACACUGUUUUCUGGCAUAUUAAAAAUUUUCUCAAAUGAAGGUCUUUCCUUGCUGCUUUGUUGAAUCUCACAAAAUUUGAGCUUGUAAGUUGAUUCUGUUUGUCUUUAACAUUUUGAGGCCUAAAACUUGUUCAGUCCUGAUUCCCUAGAUCUUAAUCCUUCACCCCUUCCUUGAAUCAUUCCAGUGUUGCUGUGUCAAAAUCCUCAUGUCAUCGCCUUUGUAGAUAUUUUU